UUCCCGAAAAGAGAAAGAAAAGAAACCCAAGAACCCAUUCGGAAGCCAUGGCAGGUACUGAGGAUCGUCCGUUGCCCGAUGACAUAAUCGAGCACAUCUUCUCCUUUUUGCCCACGAGGGACGUUGUCAAAACUUGUGUUCUGUCGAGGAGGUGGCGAUCUUACUGGAUCACCGUCUCGGAUCUCAGGUUCUCCGUCUCUUCUCAUCAUGAUUCGUUCGUGGACAGUAUUUUGAGGCUAUAUGGGAGGGGUAAGGUGAGAAAGUUCCACCUUGACUUCAAUUCAGAGCAACUCUGGCCCUCUAAUAUUAAUUCAUGGGUUGACUUUGUGAUUGAUCAUGAAGUGGAAGAACUUCGUCUCAACUUGAAUAUUUGCUACGACUAUAAUUGGUUGGAGCAGAUUCCGUGGGGGGAUUACACAUUGUCUCCAUUGCUUUAUAAUUGCUCUUCGUUGACUAGGCUAGUUUUGAGAGGCUGUCUUUAUCCGUCCUGCGAAAGUAUUAGUUGGAGUUCACUUAAGUCCUUGUCCAUUGACAAUGUGUCUGGUGAUGUGCUUCAGAAGAUUUUGAUGAGCAGCCCUGUUCUUGAAUACUUGACUUUGGAAAGAUUCUGGGCUGUAGAAGAAAUUAAUUCUAGAAGUUUGAGAGAGUUGGUGAUUGAUGCUUCUCUCGCGGUACGCGGUUUGCGCAUUUUGGCUCCUCGAUUACUGUCAUUGCGUGUGAGAUUGGAUCAUUUUCAUGACAUAAUAAGAAUUGUUGAAGUACCAUCCUUACUUGAAGCCGAAUUAGAUUUCAACGGUCCAACCGUCUCGGACUUCUGCCCGCUGAAGGAAAUGCUUUGCAAGCUGCAGAAUGCUACUCGUAUACUUUUCGGUCCUUGGAGCUGUUGGGUGAGAAUAGUCAUCUUGCUUCCUGAUGGACGUGUUAUCUUGUCCAUGUAGCUUUUCACUUAAGAUAGUGGACAUUAAUCUGCCAAAGCUUGUGGACGUUUAGGGGUUAUGUUGUUGAAUUUUCUAUGAGGAAAAAAGUACUGGAUUGUGAUGUACUCGAGGGAAGUUUGAUCUAUGUUUUAUCAUUUUAAGCUAUACUUUGCUGACAUAACAAAUACAAGGAUGUGACCCCAAACUUUUUUCUUGGUGAUCUGACUUUACCUUUUGACAUGGUUAGGUUAUGCGGCCUCUGAAGGUAGAAGAUGUGCAGGUUUUGCUGCCGAAUUGCAAAUCUCUGACCCUACACGUGCCCAUUCCUGAAUUCAGCUUUCCUGCUAUAGCAAAUAUGCUAGCAACUACCCCAAAUUUGGAGAAGCUGGUUAUAAUUUUUAAGCCAAAUGAUCGGUACUCGGUAUAUUCCCUAAACUCUAAUUCCCAGGUUAAGAUUUCAAAGGAUUUACUGAAAUUUACCAUCCAAAGUUUCUCGCUUCUUUUGUCUUCUUGUGUCGAUCAAUUAGCGAAACUAGUAUAAUGCUUUGGAAGUUUCAAGACUGUCGCAGCCUAUGUUUCAAAUGCUCCCUCUAUAAUGCUCCGAAAGUUUCACAACAGGAUUCUUAUUUUCCUUCUCUCUCUGAAUGCCACUGUGAUGGUGACAAUUAGCAGAUUGCGCUUGCAUUGAUGAACUCGGGUACCCGAAUUUUUG